GUUGCCAGGCUUGCUAGGCAAGCACCUUGACUCAGUUGUCUGGCCUCCUUCCCCACCAGUUUUAAAUUUGAAUUAGUGAAAUUGAAGUUUAAUUCCUUUGCUGUGUUAACCUCUUCUGAGUAGGACUGCUCCAAAUGAUCAUUGUUGGUUUUGUGGCCCCUGUACAUUGUAUUCCUAUUAGUGACCAAAGGAUUGGCAAAUUAGUUUCUUCUAGGUGUACAUCCAAGACAUUCGGUGACUGUCUAACUUGGGAGCAGGAAGUAGUGAAACCUACAGAAGAACAUCCCUGUGUUUCAUUGGUGUCUUGGGAGAACAAAACAGACAUUUGAGAGGAGACUGCUUUGAGUUCCCUGUUUUCACUGUAACCUCUUCUCUGGGCCUUGUGUGUAUCGGUGUAGUUCAUUUGAAUUGGUGCAGUGAAUCAUUCUGCUAGCCUGCAGAAUUCCCAAAGGAGAAUAUUCAAAUCCAUAUACAUGAGAUGCCUGCUGCACUUAGCUAUAUAUUUGCCAGAGACUUGGGUCAUUCCCCUGGGUUGCUGUUCAGCUGGCCUGGUUGUGACAUACAGAUGAGGCAAUGGAAUUUAGAAUCUGGAAUGGGGGGUGGGUACUGGUCUUUACAGUUAACACAACAGGGUAGCCACAGCAUAUGUGGCUCAUUUCCUUUUGAGCCAGUGAGGCAAGCUGAGUCAAUUAUAUGUCAGACUGAUCACAUAAAAUGCUACAUAGCCAAGGUAACCUCAUGGUUCAAAAUGACUGCUGGGAAUAUACCCAUCUCAUCCCUUCCAGGCAAGACAUAUGAGAAGGGCAGUGAGUGACUGAAAGGUGUUCAUCCCAUAAAGGCAGCCUCCUUUAAAGGUACUCAGUUUCUGUGACCCUCUCUGGAACUUCUCUGGGCCCAUCCUCAGCAGCAGGCCUGUCCCAAUGUAACUCACUCAUUGCUGUUCCUGGAAAGAUGAGGGAAGGGAACAAUGCUUUGUUCUAGCAUGAAAAAAUGACCAGCAACUUCCUUAUCCUUCUGAGACAAACUGCUGGCUCGAUGACCUGUGAGGGUUAUUUCUGCAUGUGCACUCCAUCUUUUCCCAAGGCUUCUCUGUAGGUAAGAGCUUCUGACCCUAGUCACUUCACUUCUCAGACUGCUGAGUCUUUACAGCUGAAGGUCCUUCUCCUCUGAGAUGGACAGUAUCACCUAGCAGUAUGCUUGCCCAGACGACAUGAACCAGGUCAAAAGUAACCGAGAACUGUUCCUACAAUACUCAGCCACAGCUCCCAAACUGCUGGCCCACGUCUCCAAACUCCUCAUUGUCUGCCGAAACGCAGGCAUUUCCAUCCCAAAAGGCAUCAGGAAUAUCUUUGAGUUCACCUGGGAGGAGCUCAUCAGCGACCCUGCAGUGCCCACCCCAUCUGACAUCCAGGAUCUGGUAAUCACCUUUGGGGCUCCUACAGUAGUGCUUGCAGAAGUGAUCCCAGUGCAGCCCCCCAUCCAGAAGAAGCCAGCUCCACCACCACCACCCCCAAUACUUCUCACAGCCACCAGCGGGGGCAAGCACUCGGCCCCCACCCCUGCUUCUGCUCGAGUGGUCCCCCCUGGCCAAGAUACCCUGCACAAGUUCCAGCGGCAGUCCAUCCACCUGCUGACAGAGCUGCUUUCCCUGAAGAUGAAGGCCAUGGUGGAGUCUGCCUCUGCAGGUGCCAAUCCUCUGGACAUCACCAAGCGCUUUGUGGAGGCCAGCCAGCUCCUCCAUCUCAAUGCCAAGGAGAUGGCCUUUGACUGCCUGAUUGGCACUGUCGGAAAAAGCUGCUUCCGCACAGGACAGCUGAGGAAAGAAUCCUCCACGAACAUUUCUGCCAUUGGAGUGAGCACACCUUAUCAGCUGGUCUACCAGACUUCCACAGCCUGUCUGAGCUUCUCCCUCUCCACAGGAAAGGAAGUCAAGAAGAAAGACACUGGAGGUAAGGCUGGAAGCAAAAAGGCUAUAGAUGAGAUCACAUCCCCACUCCCUCGAGUUCGAACCCCUCCUGAAAGCAUCAUCUUCGAGAUCCAGGACCCCUGCCCUGAGGCCCGGGAAAAGCUGCAGGAUAUGUGUCGCCACAUAGAAGCCGAAAGGAUCUUGUGGAGAGGGAGGAAUAUCUCCUGCCCCAUGAUUUUACGCAACUACAGGGCAAAGAUAUCCUCUCAUUUAAUGUUGACCUCCAAGGGGGACACUCACCAUCCUCCCACUGCGGGGACUCAGAUUACUACUUCCACUCCUCACCAGCCUUCCAGCCACCAUGCUCACGCGGGCCGCCAUUCUCAAGAGUGGAAGGGGCCCAAGAAGCCUGUCAAGCUGCAUUACACUUUCUAUGAUGGCUCUUCCUUCAUUUACUAUCCUUCCGGAAACAUCGCCAUGCUUCAGAUUCCCACAUGCUGCAGAGGGAAACCCAUCACCUGCCUCUUUAACGACGUACCUAACACCUUCCUGGCUCUGUUCAAUUCUGACGGCCAGGGCUGUGUUUACUACAACCUGAAGAACAGCUGUCCAUAUGUCGUGGUUUUGGAUGAGGAAGGUGGAAUCACAAAUGACCAAAAGGGCUACAUAGUCCAUAAGUGGAGCUGGGCUAACAAGACUGAGACAUUGCUCUCUCUGGAAUACAAGGUGAAUGAACAAAUGAAGCUAACAGUCUUGGGGCAGGACUCCGUCACCGUCACCUUCACCUCCUUGAAUGAGUCGGUAACACUCAGUGUGUCACCCAAAAGCUGUCCCCAUGGCGUGGUGCAUGACAAACGGUCAGUUCGCAGAAUCAGUACCAUGGAUGACAAGAUGUUAAAGAUAAACAGAGCCCUGGUUGAGAUCAAGAAGCGGUUUCAGAAGACUGUGACUCAGUUUAUGAACUCUGUGUUGCUGGCUGCAGGUCUAUUCACCAUAGAAUAUCCCGCCAUGAGGGAAGACACAGAAGCUAGUCGGUUCAAGGUGAAAUCUGGGUCUUAUCCUGAUCGGAGCCGUAAGUCAAGUUUUUACCAAGGAGAAACUCUUGUACGAUCCCAUUCAGCCCGACCAGAUUCCUUAAUUGAAGACAAAGAGAAGGAGGAGUCUAUACACACGCUCUUGAUCCCUGUUCAAAAGAAGAGCAACAGAGUCCAGGCCAAAGUCACACCAAGAGGGAAGCCGAGAGAGGUACGCAGCCCCACCCGGUGGGCAGCCUCACCCUAUGACUGUCCACUGGUGCUGCGGAGGCUCAUUCACAAGGAAGACAUCCGGGCCGGCUGCAAGUGUAUUGUGAAGGCACCCCUGGUGUCCGACUUGGAGCUAGAGCGCUUCCUGUCUGCACCCCGAGACCCCAACCAAGUGCUGGUAUUUGGGAUAAUGUCGAGCCAGAAUCCCAACUGUACCGCACAGCUACAGUGGCUGCUGGACACGCUGUAUAGCCAUCGGCAGCAGGGCCGUUCCUCACCGUGCAUCCAGUGCCAGCAUGACCCUUACCGCCUGCUGCGGUAUGACCUGGACAGCCCCCUGCAGAAGGAUCCACCCCUAAUGGUGAAGAAGUUUGCUGUGGUACAUGGGAUGGUUUUGAUGUUUGCUGGGGGGAAGCUCCUUUUUGGGGGCUGUGUCCUAAAUGGCUAUGGCUUCAGCAAGCAGAAUCUGCUGAAACAGAUCUUCAGGGCUCGACAGGAUUGCAAGAUGGGCUACUUCCUGCCAGACAACUACAAAUUCAACAUGUCAACCUAUAUCACAAACCUGGAUGAUUCUGAGUCAGCUAAAAGAGUGCCAUCUGAAGAUUUCGAAGGAAGUGCCUCUUCAUUGGCGCUUGGGGACAAAAUGGAUAAAACACCUUCUACCCCCCCUGAAAAGUCAAAACAGCCUGAAGUGGAACUGCAGCCUUACUUGAAGACCAGGAGGAGCAGCAAGAAGGGCAGUAACUGGAAGAAGUCAGGUUCUAAGAAGUGAUGCUGGAAGAGCCAGCGAUGCCCUCCCCACACCCAGCCCUACCUCCUGGUCUCCCACCACCCUUCAAUAAACAUACAUGCCUCCAG